AAAUUUUCAACAUCAUUCUCGUAAAGUAGCUCGAUAUUGUCGCACGCGUCUUUUUUUCUUCAAUGUAAUUUUAAUAAAACAAAUCAUUACCUUUAUUAUCGUGUACAUAUUAAACAAAAUGAAGCGACUUAUCAUCCUAGCCGUGUUCUGUUUUGGAACAGUUUUCUGUGAUAUGUCAGGGGAAUGCGACUUCGUCAGUUUCUACCAGGAGUUGGGAUGCACUGCGAUCCCCAACGACGACAACACGACCUGCCCCAAGGAGUUCGAUUGCCCAGACCUGCACCCGAACCCUAACAUGUGUUACUAUAGGGGAGUUGAGUAUGCCGAUCGCGCAACAAUUCCCAUGGACCUCGUCAAAAACCCAUGUGCUUUGGGAUGUGUGUGUUCCAUCGACAGCGGCCCAAGAUUUGACUGUGCAGCUGUCGACUGCGUAGAAAACUUCGACCCUGACAAACAGGAAUGCAUUUACACGUUUUCUUUGGACUCGUGUUGCAGCACCGGUGAAGUGUGUGGUAAAGACGCGAUAGCCAGUCUGAAGACCUGUGAGGCGGAUGGAAAGACUUAUAAGGAAGGUCAAUACUUUGAACCAGCGAAUAGCAGGAAGAAGUGUGUUUGUACAGCAGACUGGAACGGUUGCUAUGACGACCCUACAACCUGCAGCGACAUCAAUUGUGGCCUAGAAAUUUACAACCAAAAAAAUAUCAUGGAUAAAUGCGCUCCGGUCUUUGUUAAAAACGCAAAGUCUUGUCCGUUCUCAUUCCAAUGUCCUUCCGCGAAAACCAAGAUAAUCAAAGGCAUCAACCUCCGUGGGAUCCAGUCACAGUGUGUCUUCGGCAACCUGACCCUGAAUGUCGGAGACGAGGUCGUUGGCGACGACAGCUGCACGAAGUGCUCCUGCGAGGUGCCGCCGUUUAUGACGUGUGUGAAAACGACCUACAGUUGUCCUAACUGAUAUCAUCAUCACCCCUUUCGAAUUAUUCCAUAACAAAGAAACUAAAUUAUUUUGUUUUAGUGUAAUUUUUUUUUAUUUAUAAUCUUAACUAAAAAAAAUUUCUUGGAAAAAUGUUUUAAAUUCUUUUUUUUUAAUCAAAUCUUAAACGUAUUGUUUGUGUCUGCUAUAAGAUUUAACUUGUUUAAAAUUUCAAGUCAGUCAUUACUAUAAUUUUUUCUAUGUUUUCUUACUUUCUAAUUCGAGAAUAUAAAAGAAAUAAUAAAUUCAUCAAAAAGAUUUAUUACAUAUAUUUAUCUAAGUAAAUCAAUCAAGAGUUAUAUAAAAAAAGAUUAUCCUUAAACAUAGCUAAAAUAAAAAUUAAAUGUAUAUACAGUUAUGUACAAGGAACACAGCCUGACAGAUCUUUGUAAGAUUAUAUAAUCUAUGUUGUGACGACUUAGAACUUUAAGUACUUAAAAUUAAUUGUUAAAGAUAUAUUUAUUAAAGUUAAUUAUUGAU